CCUCCCCACCAUCACAAUCUUUCUCUCUCAGACUCAGCUCAAUUCGAUUACUGAUCGAUAAAGGUAGGCUAUAAGCCUUCACAUUGCCUCAGUCGCUUUGUAGGGAAUAAGAAGAGGAGAUGCUGAAGAGCAAGUGUGGGAGCGCGCCUUCAGAGAUCCUCACACUUGAAGCCCCUCUCAGCAGAGAUGGUUGAGCCCUCGUCCAGGUUGCUGUGGUCCUCUCCUAAAAUCCAGACUCGCUCACUCCUCUGCUCUCAGCUGACACAGCGCGGCGGGCGGCUCUGUCUGCUGCUUCUCCUCUGAGGAGAGAAAUCCACUUUCCACCGGCCCACAGGACGAGAAAAGGCAGGCUGCGCGGGGCUUGCAUGCUGUAGUUGAGAACAUGAAGGGGAUUUACAGGGACGGAUACUACGGCGGAUCUAUCGAGCUGCGGGACGUUUUCAACAGGAGAUGCGUUAAAUGUGGCCGGGGGCACUUUGUUCAAGCCAAAACGAUGGGGAUUAGGACCGGGAUUGUUUUCUGGAAUCUCGUCUUUUCACUGAUGUUCACUUGUGUCAAAGGUUUUAUCCAUACUUGUGGAGGCACACUAAAGGGUUGGAAUGGGACUAUAGAAAGCCCCGGAUUUCCUUAUGGAUAUCCAAACGGAGCAAACUGUACCUGGGUGAUUGUUGCCGAGAAGGGGAACAGGAUCCAUAUAGUUUUUCAGUCUUUCGCCGUGGAGGAGGAAUAUGACUUUUUAUCUUUGUACGAUGGCCACCCACAACCGGCUAACUUCAGAACAAGGUUAACAGGCUUUACCAUCCCUCCACCUGUUACCAGUUCUGACUCCAUUUUUUCAUUGAGGCUUACCAGUGACUUUGCAGUAAGCGCUCAUGGAUUUAAGGUGGCUUAUGAAGAGUUGCGAAGCAGCUCGUGUGGAAACCCAGGAGUUCCACCUAAAGGUAUACGCAACGGGACUCAGUUCAACGUUGGUGACAAGAUUCGCUAUCGGUGUGUCACGGGCUACGUCCUGGAUGGGCAUUCGCUCCUCACCUGUGUGACCAGUACAGCUGGAGUGUCGGUGUGGGAUUUCCCAGUACCAAUGUGUAGAGCGGAGGAUACGUGCGGUGGCACCCUGAGGGGCUCCAGUGGGCUCAUCUCCAGCUUCGAUUUCCCCAGCGGUGACUCCCCUGGCACGGCCGGAGGUGGUGGUGCCGGAGGCCUGGGCAGCAGCAGGGAUUGUAAGUGGACCAUACUGGCAGAUCCAGGCGACACCAUCUCUCUGGUGUUCACGGAAUUUCAGAUGGAGGAGAAGUCGGAUUAUCUGGAAAUAGAAGGCUCUAAACAGCCAACCAUCUGGCUGACUGGAAAGAAUAUUCCAGGUUCCAUCAUUAGCAACAAAAACUGGCUACGGCUGCACUUUGUAACAGAGAGCAACCACCGUCAUAAAGGCUUCAGGGCUCAGUACCAAGUGAAAAGCUCUGGAGAGCUUAAAUCCAGAGGGGUAAAAGUAUUACCAGGGAAGGACAACACUAACAAACUGUCUUUGAUGAAUGAAGGGGGAAUCAAACAGGUGUCUAAUUACUGUCCUGACCCGGGGGAGCCGGAGAAUGGCAAACGGAUUGGUUCUGACUUCAGCAUCGGAGCAACUGCUCAAUUUACCUGCGAUGACGACCACGUGCUGCAGGGUUCCAAAACGAUUACCUGCCAGCGUGUAGCUGAAGUCUUCGCCGCUUGGAGCGACCACCGGCCAGUCUGCAAGGUGAAGACAUGUGGGUCGAAUCUGCAGGGGCCGUCGGGGACAUUUACAUCACCCAAUUUCCCCAUCCAGUAUGAGAGUAACUCCCAGUGUGUGUGGAUCAUCACUGCCAGCGAUCCAAACAAGGUUAUACAAAUCAACUUUGAAGAGUUUGACUUGGAAAUUGGGUAUGAUUCACUAACCAUCGGAGAUGGAGGGGAAGUCGGGGACUCCAAAACUAUCAUUCAAAUACUGAGCGGGAGCUUUGUCCCCGACCUGAUUGUAAGCAUGUCCCAUCAGAUGUGGCUCCAUCUCCAGUCUGAUGAGAGUGUGGGCUCAAUAGGUUUCAAGAUCAACUACAAAGAAAUUGACAAGGAUAGCUGUGGUGACCCUGGUACACCUCUAUAUGGUUACAAAGAGGGCGGUGGAUUUUUAAACGGAGACGUUCUGCGCUUCAAAUGUCAGUUUGGAUUUGAGCUCAUUGGGGAGAGGAUGAUUACUUGCCAAAACAACAAUCAGUGGUCUGCUAAUAUCCCCAUCUGCAUAUUUCCCUGUUUCUCCAACUUCACCGCACCCAUGGGGACAGUACUGUCCCCAGAUUACCCAGAGGGCUACGGGAACAACCUUAACUGCGUGUGGCUGAUUAUCUCUGAACCUGGCUCGAGGAUUCACUUGGCCUUCAAUGACUUUGACCUGGAGCCUCCCUACGACUUCCUUACUAUAAGAGAUGGGGAUCAGACAGAAGCAACAAUGCUGGGACGUUUUUCAGGCGCUGAAGUUCCGUCACACCUCACGUCCAACAGCAACAUUCUGCAGCUGGAGUUUCAGGCGGAUCAUUCGAUGUCGGGAAGAGGCUUCAACAUCACCUACAGCACUUUUGGGCAUAAUGAGUGCCCUGACCCUGGCAUCCCUCUAAAUGGAAGGCGUUUUGGGGACAAUUUCCAGCUGGGUAACUCCAUCUCUGUGGUUUGCGAGGAGGGCUUCAUCAAAACACAAGGAGCUGACACCAUCACCUGCCAUCUAGAGGACGGAAAUGUGAUGUGGAGUGGACCCAUCCCCAAAUGUGAAGCUCCCUGUGGGGGGCACUACUCAGGGCCAUCUGGUGUCAUUCUCUCCCCGGGGUGGCCAGGCUACUACAAAGACUCUCUGAGUUGUGAGUGGGUCAUUGAGGCUGAGGCAGGACGCUCCAUCAAGAUUAGCUUUGAAAGGUUUCAAACAGAGCUCAGUUAUGAUUUUCUGGAAGUGCAUGAUGGCCCGAACCUGCUUUCUCCUCUGAUUGGCUCGUUUAAUGGAACCCAGGUCCCUCAGUUCCUGUUUAGCAGCAGUAACUUUCUAUAUCUGCUUUUUACGACGGACAACAGCCGAUCGAAUAGUGGAUUUAAGAUCUUCUACGAAGCGGUCACAUUGGACACAUACUCCUGUAUGGAUCCCGGCAUCCCAGUGAAUGGCUUGCGGUUAAGCCAGGACUUGUCUAUUGGGUCCACUGUGUCCUUCCAGUGUGAUCCUGGAUACAGAUUAAGCCAUGAAGAACCACUCGUUUGUGAGAAGAACCACUUCUGGAGCCACCCACUACCCACUUGUGAUGCAUCAUGUGGUGGGGAUAUCAGGGGACCAGCUGGGAUCAUCCUGUCACCAGGCUACCCAGAACUUUAUCCAAACUCCCUAAACUGCACAUGGACUGUUGAAGUCAGCCACGGGAAAGGUGUCCAGUUCACUUUUCACGCCUUCCACCUGGAGGAUCACCAUGACUACCUUCUGAUAACAGAAAAUGGCAGCUUCGCUCAACCUCUAGCUCGACUCACUGGCUCAGAAAGACCUGCCCCGGUUAAUGCCGGCCUGUAUGGGAACUUCAAGGCCCAGCUACGCUUCAUUUCAGACUUCUCCAUCUCUCUGCAGGGAUUCAACAUCUCCUUCUCGGAAUAUAAUCUCGAGCCUUGUCAGGAUCCUGGAACACCGCAGUUUGGCUGGCACACGGGCUCCAGAUUUGGCAUCGGCGACUCGCUGUCGUUCUAUUGCAACACGGGCUAUCGUCUACAGGGAGCAAAAGAGAUUGUGUGCUUGGGAGGUGGCCGCCACAUGUGGAGCGCCCCUCUCCCAAGGUGUGUUGCGGAGUGUGGGUCCACAGUCUCCAACAAUGAGGGAGUUCUUUUGUCGCCAAACUACCCAAUGAACUAUGACAACGGCCAUGAAUGCGUGUACAGCAUUCAGGUCCAAACAGGGAAAGGCAUCAACAUCACUGCCAGCAUCUUUCAGCUAGCACAAGGUGACAUUCUUAAGCUCUACGAUGGUAAAGAUGGAACAGCUCCCCUCCUCGGGACUUACACAGGCACAAUGAUGCAAGGCCUGUCCCUUACCAGCACUUCCAACUAUUUGUGGCUUGAAUUCAACUCAGACCAUGAGUCGACGGCAGCGGGGUUCCGCCUCAUAUACCACAGUUUUGAGCUUUCACACUGUGACGAUCCAGGAGUGCCUCAGUUUGGCUUCAAAACUAGUGACCAAGGUCAUUUUGCAGGAAGUGGCAUAUCGUUUGACUGUGAACAAGGCUACACUCUGCACGGGAGUGCCACACUUAAAUGCAUGACUGGAGAGAGACGAACAUGGGACAACAACCUCCCGUCAUGCAUAGCGGAGUGUGGUGGUAGUUUUAACGGUGAGUCUACAGGGCGAAUUCUAUCUCCGGGGUACCCGUUUCCCUAUGACAAUAACCUGAGAUGCACCUGGACAAUUGAAGUCAACCCUGGCAACAUUGUCAGUCUCCAGUUUCUUGCAUUCGACACGGAGGCAUCUCAUGACAUCCUGAAAGUAUGGGACGGGCCUCCUGAGAACGAGAUGUCUCUGAAGGAGGUCAGUGGUUCGCUGCUGCCUGAGGGAAUCCACUCCACUCUCAACAUCGUCACCAUUCAGUUUGAGACGGACUUUUACAUCACCAAGUCUGGGUUUGCUAUCGACUUCUCAAGUUCACUUGCAACAGCCUGCAGAGAUCCAGGUAUUCCCAUGAAUGGCAGUCGCUAUGGAGAAGGGCGGGAGCCUGGCGACUCCGUGACCUUCUCUUGUGAUCCGGGAUAUGAAUUGCAGGGAGAGAGCAGGAUCACCUGCAUCCAAGUGGAAAAUAGAUACUACUGGCAACCCAGCCCUCCAAGCUGCAUCGCUCCAUGUGGUGGGAAUGUGACCGGAUCUUCUGGCUUCAUCCUCUCUCCAAACUACCCACACCCGUACCCACACAGCAAAGACUGUGACUGGCUGAUUGCAGUUCACUCUGACUAUGUCAUAUCUCUGGCUUUCAUCAGCUUCAGCAUUGAACCAAACUAUGACUUUUUGUACAUAUAUGAUGGGCCUGAUACCAGUGCUCAUCUGAUUGGAAGUUUCCAAGACAGUAAACUUCCAGAGAAGAUUGAGAGCACUUCCAACUUCAUGUACUUGGCAUUUCGUAGUGAUGGCACUGUGAGCUACACUGGCUUUCAUUUGGAAUACAAAGCAAAACUGCGGGAGGCCUGUUUUGAUCCCGGGAAUGUAAUGAACGGCACUAGAAUGGGUGUAGACUACAAGCUGGGAUCUAUGGUGACAUUUCAUUGUGAGGCUGGCUACCUCCUUCAGGGCCACUCUACACUCACGUGUGUCAUGGGCAACAGCAAGAGACCAGAAUGGGACAGAACUAAACCUACUUGUCAAGCUCCCUGUGGAGGUCACUUUACUGGUUUCGAGGGAACUGUUCUGUCUCCGAACUACCCGCAUAAUUACACAAGAGGUCAAAGCUGUGUCUAUGACAUCUUUGUCCCUGGAGACUUUGGCGGAGUGUUUCUCCCACUCCAGCCUGAGCCCAGAGAAGCUCCCUGCGCUCAAUCAGAGCCCACCGAGAUCUCUGGAUUCUCCUUCUCUCCUCCUCACUCAUCGUGGAUGGGAUCGGAGAAAUCUGGCUGUCAUCACAGCAGCCUGGUUAUUAUGCUUUCGAUUGAAUUUGUUCCUUUUUUAUUCACAGUGGUGAACUGCACAGAUCCAGGCAUUCCUGCCAACUCUAUCCGAGAGAGUAAGAUCGAACACGGGAACUUCACAUUUGGCAGUGUUGUGUUCUAUGACUGUAACCCCGGAUAUUACCUGUUCGGCUCAUCCGUGCUCACCUGCCAGCCGAUGGGUCACUGGGAUAAACCUCUCCCAGAAUGCAUUGAGGUUGAUUGCGGCCACCCAGGCACACCACCCCACGCGGUGAUGACUGGGGACAAGUUUACGUUUGGCUCCACAGUGCGCUACACCUGCCGCGAAGACCGUCAGCUCAUCGGAGACUCGUCACUUACCUGUCAGCUGAACGGACACUGGAGCGCUCCACUGCCCCACUGCUCAGGUGACUCUUCUGGCACCUGUGGAGACCCUGGCACACCUGCCCAUGCCAGCAGGGAGGCGGGGAACUUCAAAGUGCGCAGCAAGGUGCGCUUCACCUGUGCAGUGGGACACACGCUGUACGGCUCAGCAGAGAGGAUCUGCUUCCCCAACGGGACAUGGUCUGGCAAACAGCCCUUCUGCAAGCCGGUACAGUGUGCAAAUCCAGGUACCCCAGCUCAUGGCCAAAUUUCCCGUGUGGACGGCACGACUUUCUCCCACUCCAUUGUGUAUUCCUGUAUGGAGGGAUUCUUCUUGACAGGAUCACCCACGCGCCAAUGCCUGGCAAAUGGCACUUGGUCUGGCACAGCUCCAAACUGUACAAUGAUCACCUGCAGCGACCCUGGCAUCCCAGCAAAUGGACUAAGAUUUGGUGAUGACGUCAUGGUGGGUCAGAAUGUGACAUACGUGUGCCAGCCAGGAUUUGUGAUGAUGGGAGGGGAAAAUAGCAUCUCUAGGACCUGCACCAAGAACGGGACCUGGAGUGGAACAAUGCCAGCAUGCCAAGUGGUGACCUGUCCCACGCCUCCCUCCGUCCCCAACGGGCUGCUGGAGGGUUCAGUCCUGGACUGGGGCUCCAGUGUGAGCUACGGCUGCCUACCCGGGUACGAGCUCUCUUUCCCUGCCGUGCUCACCUGCACUGGAAAUGGCACAUGGAGCGGAGACCUGCCUCAGUGCUUGCCCAAGUUCUGCGGAGAUCCGGGUGUGCCCUCCAAAGGACGGAGAGAUGGUCGCAGUUUCAUAUUCAAGUCGGAGGUGACGUUCAGUUGCAGCGCCCCCUAUGUGCUUGUUGGAUCAACAACACGCAUUUGCCAGGAGGAUGGCACUUGGAGUGGGUCCCAGCCUCGAUGUAUAGAGCCUACACGAAGCACAUGUGAAAAUCCAGGAAUACCUGAGCAUGGAUUCAUGAAUUACUCUACAGGUUUCAAGGUGGGGAGCAGAGUAGACUUCCAGUGCCAACAGGGACACAUACUGCAGGGCUCCACAACAAGGCUGUGUUUACCGGAUCUUACCUGGACCGGGAUCCAGCCCACCUGUGUCCCUCACUCCUGCAAGCAGCCAAGGAGCCCAGCCAACGCUGACGUCAUGGGUCUAGACCUGCCCUCCUACGGUUACACCCUGGUGUACACCUGUCAGCCAGGUUAUUUCCUCUCCGGGGGUUCAGAGCACCGCGUCUGCCGCUCCGAUGGCAGCUGGACGGGCAAGGUGCCUGUUUGCAGAGUUGGAUCUAAAUCCCAAGAGAAAAUUGUCAAACCUGUACCAGGGACACCAAGCCCUAAGAUGAAGGUUCCAGAUGAUGUGUUUGCCCCUGAUUUCGUCUGGAAGGGUUCCUACGAUUACAAAGGGCAGAAGCAGCCUAUGAGUUUUACAGUCACCAGCUUCAAUGCGUCGACUGGAAAAGUCAACGUAACUUUAACAGACAGUAGCACUGAGUUUCUGCUCUCUGGUGUCUACAAACGGCAUGAGGCACGGUUAACGCUCUUGCUGUAUCAGAUGAGAGCAUUGACCUACAGCUCUUUGGGCAAGAUUACGGAUGAGUCCUGGUUAAUGGAUGGAUUUGUGUCGGCUGAGCCUGAGGGUGGCAGCUACGUAUUUCAGGGUUUCAUACAGGGUAAAGACUUUGGCCAGUUUGGACUACAGCGACUUGGUUUAACUCAGAGAGAGAACGUCACGCUUACGGACCCUGAAACCAACGGCUCCACCAACAGCAGUUCUGUGGCUGUUGCUAUCCUCGUGCCUUUCUUUGCUCUCAUCUUUGCAGGCCUUGGCUUUUAUCUUUACAAGCAGAGAAAAACGGAUAAAGCUCAGUACACGGGAUGUUCCGUCCAUGAGAACAACAACGGACAGGCCACGUUUGAGAACCCCAUGUACAACACAACCACGAAAGCUGCAGAGGGGAAAGUUGUCCGCUUCGACCCCAAUCUCAACACCAUCUGCACCAUGGUUUGAUAUCCGCCAAUUAUGGGACACGCAUAGAGAUGGGUGGAGAAUUAAUCUUAGAACUGUUUUCUCUUAAUUAAACAAUAUAUACAGGAAAAUGCUUUUUUUUCAGUGUCAGUUGGCACGCAGGAAAAAUAAGAUUUUGCUCAAAUGCAUAAAGCACAGUUUCAGCUACAAUUAAAGUAGCUGAUGGGAUUCAUAUAAAGGAGGAACCGGAGGUUUCCUUCCUUUUCAGAUUUUGUCUUUUUGCACUCUGUGAGUGUUGACUCCUUGAAUAAAAGAGCUUCUGGCAUAAAGAUAAAACAGAGUAUUUUCUGCUCAGCUGUAUAAAUAUAGAGACAUUAUUUCACAAUACCAAAUAAACACUUGUUUUGGGGGUUUUGUUUUUGAAGAAACAGCCCAGAUCUACCUGUGUUAUUUUGUUCCUUCACUUUAGUCCUAAUGAAAAUUAUUUUUUAACACGGGGAGUAGGAGACUCUCUACUGUGAGUUGAUCAAUGUAAUCUAUUUUCUAUUUUACAAGUGGUCGGUGUGCAAGAGGAGCUGCAGCUGCAGAAAAGUAACUGUCUCCCAUUGAAUUGUGUCAGUGCUGUAGUCUGCUCAAAGUUAUAUGGUCAAUUAUACCUCUUAAUUGGAUGGUACCUCUUAAUGGUGAGAUAUAUGGCCAGGGAUUUAACUACAGAAGUGCAGUACAAUUUUUGAGUGCCACUGGGAAUGCUAGGGCUUUUAUUGUUACACUGCAGCUUCUCUGAAAACAGCAGAAUACAUUUCCCUCACCAGUAACAUAGUCUGCAUUAAGGUUUACUAUCAAGUUGGGUGCAAUUAAUUUGUCAGAAAAAAAAAUUAACCACGACAGUUUUAAAUUGCUGACUACCCUAAUGGACUCGCCGAGGCAAGUUAUUCCUUCCUCUGUGUUAGUCCACCAGUGUCAUGCAUUUUCUGUUUGUUUGUUUUUUCCUUUGGUUUUUUAUUUUGCUCAGAAACUUUCUGUGUUCCAAGUUAACUGAAUUUGGAGCAGACAGCCCCAGCCUUAAGCCUGUAUAUCACAUGAAUCUCAUAGUAGGAGUUUCUUCCUUCACCUUUAUAAGUUCUGUUGGGUUUUUUUAAGAGCAAGGUUGUGAAUCUCUAGAGUGCACAGACCCUACAUCAGACCAAGUUUCCUAGAGGUAUACUUAAUUCUGGAUGCCAUUACAUAAAUGCAAAGGUGCCUCAACAGGGCGUUUGAGGUGGGAUGGAGUUUAUUUUCUUGUUUUAUGCUCAUCCCGACAGAUUUUGCCUUAUUUUAGAGUAACUCAAAGACAGAGUAAGUGCAACCACUAUCUCAUCUCUGGAUUCCCAAACUAGCAUCAUUUAUUUUGGGAAGCUGUGCCUUAGACAGAAAAUGCUCAAUUCAUACUCCUACUCUAAGACACUUCAUGAAUAUACAGCCUUGGCCGAUUUUGUUAACCCUACGUUGACCCAAGUCGUCAUUUCAGUGGCUUACACAGCCAUCAGCUUCUGCCAACAAAUGUACAGUUCACACAAAGGAAUUUGCACACUUUGACAUGAGCCACCGUCACUCAAGACCAACUAUGUUUUACAAAAGAAAAAAAUAAUUUAACACUGUCAUCACAUUUCUACAUCAUUGCAGUGCCUUGGAUAUUGUAUAGGCAUACGUUGGAAGGAAACCUUAAUACUUAGUUUAAUAACGCUGCACACUCAUGUCACGUGUCUGCACAUUUUGCAAUGAUUUAGUGGAGUGAUGUCAGAUGGUGCAUGUUGGCAAAAAGUGAUCCUGUACAGCAACCGAUGCUACAGUACUUUAUACCACUUAUAUUGACUCCUUUCAUUGCUGUUCCAUUUUGUACAUUUAUACAGUUUUGAUACUUGAUGGCACUCUUUGGCGACGUCUUGUGUUAUCAAUAUGUAAUUUAUUUUUAGAGUUCACUUUUCCUAUGGAUGAGACAAGAAACGCAUCUGGUACUCACAACCUACGGCGAGUCUUGCAUCCAGGGACUCUGAAACUAGAAUGCUUUUAAAUGUGCCACACAAUUAUUAUCUCAUUCAAGAACCAGUGUAUGUGAAUAUGUACAUAUUACAAAACUUUUGUAAAGAGAUCUAUUUUUUAUGGAGAUGAAACAUUUGUAAGUUAUUGAAUAUGUUGUGUAAAAUUUCACAUGUAAAUGUCAUGUAAGAUCAAAAAGAUUUUGUAUUUUUUUUCUUUAUCAGCAAUGUAUAAAUCAUUAAUUUAUAUAUAAAAUAUAAAAUAAU